AUGGGGCAACGAAUAUUUGUGUUUAUCGUUGGUGGAGCAACAAGAUCAGAGUUAAAAGUGUGCCACAAACUAACAACGAAACUCAAAAGAGAAGUAAUCCUCGGGUCCACAAGCCUCGACGAUCCUCUACAGUUCAUAACGAAACUGAAGCUUCUGACUGCAAACGAGUUAUCUAUAGACGAUCUUCAAAUAUGA